UCUCCACAGUAAGUGCGCGUCUGAGCUGAAGGUUACCCGAUGCGUAAAUGCGCACACCAUAUAUUGCAAUGUGCCGAGAAGGAGCAUCUGCACACUGCACCCGACCCACACCAUCUCUGGCCGCCUGCUGAGCUUACAUUUAAUUAAGAGGGACUAAUAUCUUUUUUCUUUAUUUUUCCUUUUUUCUUUUGCUACGCCUCGCUGUAGACUUGCCGCGAAGUUAAGAGAAAGGAUAUUAUUGCGAUCUGCUGGGGGUAAAAAAAAAAACCAAAUUGCAACAGACCUUGUUUUUAUUGUACACCUGACUCUUACUAAUAAGCAUCUGGUCCCAGCCCCCAGUCCUUAUUACCUGCAGAACUGAUGCGUCAAACGAAAUAUGGGAAACUCAUGUACAAGUAACUGAAGGCGCACUGUUACGAGUAGCCUUGGAUUUAAAAGGAGAAGGAAACUUGCUCCACGUUAUAGUUUGAGAAAAGCUUAUGGCUUGAAGGCCUCUCCCACACGUCCCCCAUGGAUUUCCUCCCCGAGUACAACGACAGCGACGCUAUCCAUGGCAACGGGACUGGGCUCGCCAACACGACGGGUCGCGCCCCCAGACAGCCGUACAAUUACUACGCCAUGCUGCUCACUCUGCUCAUCUGCGUGAUCGUCUUCGGCAACGUGCUGGUGUGCAUGGCGGUCUCCAGGGAGAAGGCCCUGCAGACCACCACCAACUACCUGAUCGUCAGCCUGGCCGUGGCCGACCUGCUGGUGGCCACGCUGGUCAUGCCCUGGGUGGUCUACCUGGAGGUGGUCGGUGAGUGGAGGUUCAGCAAGGUGCACUGCGACAUCUUCGUGACCAUGGACGUGAUGAUGUGCACAGCCAGCAUCCUGAACCUUUGCGCCAUCAGCAUCGACAGGUACACAGCUGUUGCCAUGCCGAUGCUGUACAACACGCGAUACAGCUCCAAGAGGCGGGUCACCAUCAUGAUCUCCGUGGUUUGGGUCCUAUCUUUUGCGAUAUCCUGCCCCCUACUGUUUGGCUUAAAUAACACAGCCACCCGCAGCGAUGCCCUAUGCGUGAUCGCCAACCCCGCCUUCGUGGUCUACUCCUCCAUCGUCUCCUUUUACGUGCCCUUUAUCAUCACCCUGCUGGUCUACGUGCAGAUCUACGUGGUGCUACGAAAACGGCGCAAGCGCGUUAACACCAAACGCAGCUGUCCGGCGAUGGACGCUCAGGAGAAAUGCACUCACCCUGAGGAUGUCAAACUUUGCACCACAGUUGUGAAGUCCAAUGGCAGUUUCCCCAUCAGCAAGAAGAAAGUGAUUUUCCUCCAGGAGGCGCUGCAGCAUGCAGAUGGCACCGAGCUGGAGAUGGCAGCCGAAGCUGGCAGCGUGGGGGAGAGGAGGCUGGGUCAGCCUGGGAGGCCCCUCCAGCUCGCCUCGAGCGCCGCCCCCGAAGCCUGCCAGAGCUCGCCCCCGCCCUCGUCUGGGGACAGUCCGCACGCGGUGGCCAGGAACGGGCACGCCAGCGACGACCGCGCCCCCCCCCGGGUCACCAAGGCUUUCGAGACGCUAGCCUUGACCAACGGGAAAACUCGCACCACCGUCAAGAGCCUGAGCAAGAGGAAGAUCUCCCAGCAGAAGGAGAAGAAAGCCACGCAGAUGCUGGCCAUCGUUCUGGGGGUGUUCAUAAUUUGCUGGCUGCCCUUCUUCAUAACGCAUAUCCUGAACACUCACUGCACCACCUGCAAGGUCCCGGCAGGAAUGUACAGCGCUUUCACAUGGCUGGGCUACGUGAACAGUGCUGUCAACCCCAUCAUAUACACCACCUUCAACGUGGAGUUCCGCAAGGCGUUCCUCAAGAUCCUGCGCUGCUAGGGCCAUGUUUGAGCAAGGGUCACAGGGCCCGGGAAGGGGAGAAAGACCUGCUCCUGCCAAGACCUGGGUCUGGCUCCAGACUGUGAAAUGAAGGACCUGUUCAUGGGGUCUCAGUAUUAACAAGGAUGUAAAUAGAGAGACAUCUUUGCAUCACCAUUUUAAUUGAUCGUCGUCUUUGACCAACGGAACCUCUCCACGUCACUGGUAGAACAAGGAGAAAUACAUUCAAGCCAGAUCAGGAGAUCUAUUUCUGGGGGCCCAAGGAUUUACUUGCUUUCUACUCGCUUUCUACUCGCUUUGACAGGACACUCAGAUGUGCAAAGAACAAUGAGAAUAAAAGAAAGGGGGGAGGGGUGUUAUUGAGGGUGUAAACUGAUGGGCUGUUUCCAGAAUCUCUUGUGUUUCCUGGAAAGCGGCUUCUGAACUCAUGAAUUCAGUAUUAAACGAAAUAACAUUUACAACUGCAAGACGAACAUCUAUGAGCUUUAAACACUCUGAAAAACAAACCAUGCUAACAAAUCAUUCGCCGCACGUGAAAUAUAAAGAAGCAGACCGUGUUGCCAUUUGGCACAAAUGUAUUAGACGACCCCCGAGGGUGUGUGACAUCUGCAUUUGCCGCGAAUACUGUCAUCUUUUAUAGACUGUUCGUGAUGUUAAACCCACUGGCCAAAACGUAAUGUAUAUAAGGAAAUGGAUCCAACGAUGAAACGUUUUAAAUGCAUGUCCUGUUUUCUCUCAAAUUCCUGUCUCACCUAUGUUUUGUUUACCAAAAAAGCACAAGGGUCACAGGGCACAUUAAAAGCUCAUGAGAGUGUUUUCGUCUUGUAUUUAUGUUCUUGUUUGAAAGACGGAAAUAAACUGGAAGUGGUGUGAAUGCUGAAUGUGAAUAAAAACGAUAAAUGUAUUAGGG